AUGGCGAAGAAAGGACACCGAGCGCAACGCGGCAGAGUGAAGAGAGGCCGUGGCGGGCGUGGCGGCCGGCAGGGCACCCGUCAGGCGCCUGCGGCGCGCAGAGGGCGUUUGCACGGCGAGUUUGGCGAGCUGAUGGAUUUGCAGGCCGGCCACAUGGCCAGGGAGGUCGAGUUCACGGGCCGCCACCGGGAAGAGACGCUGAAACGGCCGCUGCGCAAGCUGCCGAUGGAGUUUGUGAAGGCGGCUGAGGUGUACGAUCCGCGGCAGCUGCUGCGGGGCGUGAGAGGAAUGCGCUUGGAGGGGGAGGAGCACACAGAAGGGGAGGGAAGCGAAGGGGAGGAACGUGGAGAUAAGGAAUGGGGAGAGGAGAGGGAAGAUGAACAGCUGGAGGAGGAGGAGGAAGAAGAAGAAGAAGAAGAAGAAGAAGAAGAAGAAGAAGAAGAAGAAGAAGAAGAGGAGCAAUUAGAGGAAGAACUUGUGGAAGAGUUAGAGCACAAGUUAGAGCAAAUACAAGGAUCAGAAGAGCCAGAAGAAUCUGAAGACGAAAGUGAAACAGAGCAAGACUACAUUCCCCAGUACUCCCACGGAGAGCUGCCCGAGUCCGACGACGAGGGAGAGGAAAUAUACAAUAUAGACAACGACGAGGGCUCGUUCAUAGAGCCGGAGACCAGUGCGUCAGACGCCUCCUCUGGUGACGGCCCCCUGCCGUUCGGCUACGACGCCGACGAUUACGCUUUCAACGUGAAUCUCCUGCGCAUCGACAAUGUCCGCUACGGCGCGGCUUCCACGCAGUACUACGCCCACUGCGCUUUUCUGGACGACGAGACACAGUGGGUCGACAGAGAAGACCUUGCCGACCUGCUGGUGGACCACGGGCUGCCGGAACAUCGCGUGGAUGCGUUUUUUGAGUACGCAACAGAGCAUCUUCGCGAGCCUGAGCAGCCGUCAGCGCCGGACUCGAGCGCCGACGACUCUGACGGGUCUGGCGUCGACGACAUGGUGGCGUUCUACUCGGCGCGCGUGAUCAACGACCCGAUCGAGCUCGAGGUGCCGACGGCGUCGCUGCAGACCACCGGCAAGGGCCGCAAGAAACGGCUGGUGCUGGACGAGGAUAUGGACGAGGACCUGCGGCAGACGCUGCUGGAGAGCUUUUCGAAGCGGCACCGGUCGAAAGAGAAGCCGCGCAGCGUCUCGAACGGCACCGGCGAGCUGCUGGCCAAGUACCCGUUUGAGGUGCACGUGCGCGACAUGAAACACGAGUACGAUCUUUUCUACCACGACGCGAGCCGCGAGACGCUGCAGUGGCCGCCGCUGGACCCGCACGGGCUGCGCACGCUGCGCAAACUGGCCGAGUGCUACAACCUCAAGCCGCGCAGUCUGGGAAACGGGCCAAAGACGCACCUAGUGGCCAUCAAGACGAAACACACGUACAAGCGGGUGCCGAACUACUCGCAGGUGGCUCGGAUCCUAAAACAGCGGCCGAUUUUCCGGCGCACAGACGUGCACCUGUCGAAAGACGAGAUCAUGGAGCUGAAAAAUAAGCGCAAAAAGAGCAGCAAGGAGCACGGCCAGGGCCGCAAGUGGGCGCCGCGCGAGGGCGACGUGGUGGCGGCGGCGGCGCCCGAGAUCAGCGCGGACAACGUGGGGCGGCAGCUGCUGGAGAAGAUGGGGUGGCAGAAGGGCAGCGCGCUGGGCAAGACCAACAGGGGCAUCAUCGAGCCGAUCCAGGCGACGGUGAAGCUGACGAAACAGGGAAUCGGCAGCGCGAGCGCGCAAAAAUAG